GUAACGUUAAAAUGUCAUAUAAAUUCACGUUAAUUGUCUUUUAAUAGUUAAUUUUAUAAUUAAUAGCAAUUAGAGAUAACUAAAAUAAAUACUAUUAAUUAAAAAUAUUAUUUAUCCCGUUAUCGAGCAUAAAUUGUGAACAUUUAUAUAUUUAGAAUAUUCUAUAGUCUUUAUAGAACAAAAUAAUGUAAUAAAAGUUCAUGAAAAAUGUCUAAUUAUGAAAAAAAAAUCAUUUUCAAUACGUUCGGUAUACGGAUUAACAUUGUUAGUAUAUCUAUAUAUAAGAGGGUCACUAAUCGAUCGCCAUAUUGUCGCAAAAAUUCCGAUUUCUUAACAGGAGCACAUGAGAAUGAAGAAGUUUACUUCUUUGUCCUAUCAGCUGAUCGUAUAUAUAGAAUUGAAAAGGUGUGACAAGUGGCUUAAGUGUCGACAUCUAGCGGAACACACCUGAAUUAAAUUCUUGAAAAAUGAAUAUUUUUAAUACCACUGGCGCCAUCUCGCGCGUUCGUUUUGUAUUUUCAAUUUAAAAAAAUAAUAUCAUUGAAUUGUAUCCAUUAUGACAAGAAAUUAUGAAUGAAUUGUAUUAUUUUAUUCGACGACCUCCACCAUUGUCAUGUGUUCCUAUUAAAAAAUCGGAAUUUUUGCGACAAUAUUAUGAUCAAAAGCUUAAUGACCCUUACGUAUAUCGUAUAUACAGAUAUACUAACAAUGUUAAUGCAUACGCUUAACAAAUUAAAAAAAUGAUUUUCUUUUAUUAUUAACAAGUACUUUUCAUGAACUUUUAUGACAUCAGUUUGUUCUAUAAAGACAACAGAAUAUUUUAAAGAUUUUUAUUUUAACAUUCUAUUAUGUCUAAUCUGUUUAUUUAACUUUAUUAUUAAUUUAUAUUAUUGAAACAUAAAUAGCAAUAUAAAAUAUAAGUAUUUCAAUGUUUAGUUAAAAUUAGAUCGAAAAGAUUUCGUGGAAGUCUUAAAAUAUGCAGCCAUUCGCACGAUAGUACUUGCGUCGCAUGAUUUACAAUUAGAUAUCAAUAUAUAGCCAAGUACUAUCGACCCAGGUCACACCACGUGGAGGUUGCUGCAUCUGGUGACCCACGGACUGACAUUAAUUCUACUUUAAAAUACACGUUCCGCGAUAUCAAUCUGUGAUAUCUUUCUGUUCAGGAACUUUCUCAGGCUUCUUAAUUAAUUAGAAGAUGUAUUAGACCCCAUUCAUAAAUAAUUCCAUCGUCCGACAUUAUCCCACGAUUUAUAUUUCGAUCAUGUAUUUCUAUCGAUUGCGUGUAAAUGAAAAAUUAUCAAAAGUAUUUAUUAAUUUAUAAGAUUUCACGUUUAGAAAGAGAGAGAUAGAGACCAUCGAUGUGUACACGUCGGAGUACGAAAGGAUACUAACUCCGUAUCAAAGUUAAUCAAUAGACUGUUUAUGUUUACAUUACACAAGGCCAUCUCUAUGAUGUUAUGAAAAUUUGUAUGUAUUGAAAAUCUUAUAUUAAAAUUAUUUUAAUUUUCUCGUACGGCUAUGCGUUCUUUCUAUUGUUUAAUUGUAUUUAGUAUUUACUUCAUAUAUAUUAAAGAAUGUUUAAAUAAUUGAAAAUUAAAAGAUUUAGUAAAUUUAGUUCAACAUCCAUUAAUAAAUAACUAAUUAUAUAAGCGUAUUAGAGUCAGUUCACCAUUGAAGAGGAUCUUUACUUUGAUAUCGAUCUUCGAUCUAACUUCGAUAUCGUCCUAUCUCAUUUUCAAUCAGCUACGAAACAUCGACACUUUUCGACCAAAAUCAUGAAAAUAUGUGUUUUGCAAGGACUUCAAUUAAACUAAUUAAUUUUAUUCUUAUAAAAUCAAAUUUUAUAUUAAAUUCAUAAUCACGAAAUGUAAAGGUUAUGGGAAUUUUGAGAACCACUGAGGUUAUUUAUAUGUCGAAAAGUAUGAGAUCUAUUUUAUCGACCGAGCCCAAUGAAUUUCUUCAAGUAGUUUGUGAAAAAAGGCGGGAACACCAUGGCGGCGUUUUUCUACAGCCACCUAAACGUCGUUUAAUUGUAAACUUUAAAUAUGUAGUUAUUUUAAUUAAUCAUGUGUAUAAUCAGAUUUUAUUAAAAUUAAUUUAUUUAUUUAAUCUUAUUUAUUAUUAUUUAUAUUUGCUCGAAAACAAGUGUAUUACAUAAGUAUUUGUUAAUUUGUGAGAUAUAUUAUACAAUUUUUAAAUUGAAUUGUCAUAUGAAAUGUUAAUUUAUUGUUGUUAGAUUAAUUUGAAAAUAUUUUUCUUUUUUCUUUUUUUUUUCUUUUUUUUUUUUUUUUAUCAAUAAAUAUUCCAAGAACAAAACUAAGAUUAUAGUUAAGAUAAUAUGAUAUCCACAGAAAAUUCGUCUAUACGUUCAAAAAUAAAAACUAGAAGUAGCAAUGUCUUGUCACAUCAAAAUGAAAGUGAUUUAGGAAAAUAUUUUAAAGAUAGUAUAUCAUUAUCAAAGAAUCUAAGCAAAUCACGUAGUAAUUUAUUAAAUACUCAUGAUAAUACAAAAAGGAUACAAAUGCGAAAUGAAUCGGAUCUUGGAAAAUAUUUUAAAGAUAGUAUUACAUUAUCUGAGAACAAAUUUAAUAAUCAAUGUAAUAAAAAUAUGAUAUUAGAGUUUUCUGAAUCGAAUAAGAAGCAUUCGGAAAAUUAUAUUGAAAUUGAGAAAUUAAAUAAAGGUAAUAUUAAUUCUGAAAGUGUAGAAGAUGAAAAUUGUCAUCUAAAAAAUAUAAAUUUUAAUCAAAAUAACAAAUCAAAGCCAUUAUUAUACGAUGAAAAUAAUGGUAAACAUCUAAAGGAAAAUAUAAAAGGAAAUAUAAGUAAUAGCGAUAUAUCACAUUGCAAAGAUAAAACAUCUACUAUUAUAAGUACUGAUAAUAAUAGUAAUUCAAGUAUAGAAGUAUCAUCUCAGAUUUGUACACAAGAUCAAUGUAAAUUGGCAUCUUGGGGUCUACCACCAAUUAUUCUUCAGAAAUAUGAAGCCAAAGGAAUAUCACAAAUGUUUCCAUGGCAGGUGGAAUGUUUAUCCAAUUGUAAAGUAAUACAGGGGAGAAAAAAUAUUCUAUAUUCAGCUCCUACAUCUGCUGGGAAAACUUUAGUAGCAGAGAUUCUUCUUUUAAAAGCAGUAUUAGAAUAUAAAAAGAAAGCUAUUUUUGUUUUACCAUUUGUUUCUGUUGUUAGAGAAAAAAUGUAUUAUUUUAAGGAUCUUUUAUCCGAAUGUGGAAUUAAAGUAGAAGGAUUUAUGGGAGGUAUAACUCCUCCUGGUGGAUUUACAGCUACCGACAUUGCCAUAGCAACUAUAGAAAAAGCAAAUUCUAUAAUAAAUCGUUUAAUGGAGGAAGGAGAUUUAUCUACGUUGGGAGCAAUUGUAAUAGACGAAUUACAUUUGUUAGGUGAUCCAAAUCGUGGUUAUCUCUUAGAGUUAUUACUUACCAAAUUAAGAUAUAUGUCUUUGAGAGAAACAAGUAUUAAUGUACAAUUAAUUGGUAUGUCUGCUACGCUUCCAAAUCUGACUUUGUUAGCUGAAUGGUUAGAUGCAGAAUUGUAUAAGACUGAAUUUAGACCUAUACCAUUACAGGAACAAUGUAAAAUUGGAAAAAGUAUAUAUGAUAAUGAGAUGAAACUUCAUAGAAAUUUAGUAUCAUUAUCCGAGUUACCAAUGGAUACAGAUAAUAUUUUACAAUUAUGUAUGGAAACUAUAUCUGAUGGUAAUAGCAUUUUAAUAUUUUGUCCAACAAAGAAUUGGUGUGAAAAAUUGACAUAUCAAAUAGCAACAACAUUUUGUAAAUUAGGUCAAAAAGAUACAAUACUUGGGAAUAUAUUAAAGGAACAAUUAAAUGGUACAGCUAUUCUCGAAACUAUAGAACAAUUGAAACGUUGUCCAUGUGGAUUAGAUAAUACCUUAAAAAAUAUAAUUUCAUUUGGUGUUGCUUUUCAUCAUGCUGGUCUUACGAUAGAUGAACGUGAUGUUAUCGAAGGAGCUUUCAGAUCAGGAUCUCUGAGAGUUCUUGUAGCAACAUCAACAUUAAGUAGUGGAGUUAAUUUGCCUGCAAGAAGAGUAAUUAUUAGGUCUCCUAUGUUUGGUGGUAAAGUAUUAGAUACUUUGACAUAUAAACAAAUGAUAGGAAGGGCAGGUCGAAUGGGAAGAGAUACAGCAGGAGAGAGUAUUUUAAUAUGUAAACCAAAUGAACGGAAAGCUGCAGAAUGUUUAUUGUCUGCAACAUUAAAACCAAUAGAAUCAUGUCUGAAAGAUUCAAAUCCUUUAAUCAGAACACUUUUAGAAGCUGUAGCUAGUGAAGUUGUAUAUACACAAGCUGAUCUUGAACUAUACAUGAAUUGCACUUUAGCAAGCAUAAAUAAAAAAGAUAUUAUGAUAAAUUUAUCCACUGAGGCAAUUAAAUAUUUAACGGAUAAUGAAUUUUUAUUAUUGCAAACCACAGAACAAGAAGAAAGAUGGGUAGCAACACCUUUAGGAAAAGCAUGUCUUGCUGCAUCCAUCUCACCGAUAGAAGGAUUAUUUUUAUUUGAAGAAUUACAGAGAGCUAGAAGAUGUUUUGUCUUAGACACAGAAUUGCAUGUUGUUUAUUUAGUAACUCCAGUGAAUGGUGGAAGUCAAAUUGGAACAAUAGAUUGGAUGGUAUUUAUGGAAUUAUGGAAAUCAAUGUCAGAAAGUGAAAAAAGAGUUGGUCAACUUAUUGGUGUAGAAGAACGUUUUUUAAUGUCAGCUAUCAGAGGAGUUGUGAAACCAGGCAAGCCAUUGAGAAUACAUCAACGAUUUUACACAGCAUUAGCUUUACAUGAUCUAGUACGAGAGAUUCCUUUGAACACAGUUUGUAACAAGUAUAAUUGUUGUCGUGGAGUACUACAAAGUUUACAACAAAGUGCUUCCACUUUUGCUGGAAUGGUUACACAAUUUUGUAAACAACUUGGCUGGGAUUGUAUGGAGUUAUUAAUAGGACAAUUUAAAACACGUCUACAAUUUGGAGUAUGUAGAGAAUUAUUAGAUUUAUUACGUAUUUCCAUGUUAAAUGGAUUACGAGCAAGGAGUCUUUAUAAACAAGGAAUUACUACUAUAGCAGACUUAGCUGUUGCUAAUAUUCUUGAUGUUGAACGAGCACUAUAUAAAGCACUCCCGUUUGAAAGUGAAAAGGAACAUGAUGGAGAACACGAAUUAGAAGCUAUUACAAGAAAUAAAAUGAGGACGGUAUUCGUUACAGGAAAAGAUGGGCUUACACCGCAUGAAGCUGCUACUUUAUUAGUCAAAGAAGCUAGAAUAUUAAUUCAGAAUGAAUUAGGUUUACAAAAUAUGUCAUGGUCGCAUAAUAACUGUACAGUCACUGAUACUACAUGUAAUAGUAAUAAUCAAUCUAAUGUGUCGAAAGAAGAUAUUGUUUUGGAAAAUGAUAAUAUAGAUGCGAAUAUAGAUUAUCUGAAUGCAUCAGAAAGAAAAAUGAAUGAUGUGGAUAAAAACGACAAGAAUUUUUCUCGCAUUGAUUCAACUGGAAAUAUUUCUAUGAAAGAUUCUAUACCAUUAGAACAUAAUAACAUUAUGGAACAAAAUAGUAACAUCGAUGCUAGAAAUGUCAUUGAUAAAAAUUCUGAAAAUAAAUCAAGAUAUUCGAAAGAUUUAAAUGAUACAACCAUUAAUUUCAUUGAAAAUAAUAUUCCUGAAAUAAUAGAUAGUACUGAGCAUAAACGUGACAGUGAGUCAUCAAUUACUCCAAAAAUGUCCAGAAAAAGAAUUCACGAAGAAAAGAAUAUUGAUGAUAUUAAUUUAUUAAAAUAUUGUAAAAAUAAUAAUAUAAACGAGUCUGAAAUGAAUAUGAAAUUUUCUGUUCCAAGAAGUCCUAGUUUAUUCGACGAAAGUUUAAAUCUUGACACACAAAUGUACAAUGUGCUUGAAGAGAAUAUUAUUGAUUCUUUACAUUUUUCUUCAUAUAUAAGUAUUAAUGCUGAAACGAAAAAUGAAAUAAAUAUGAAGAGUCAAAAGGAAUUAUUAAAUCAUGAGGUAGAAAAUAAUUUGCCAAUGGUAAAAUUAAAUUCAAACGCGAAUAAUAUAUCGCAAAAAGUUUCUUCUCAUGGUACAGAAGUAGAAGAUAAACCCGUUAUGAUAACAUGGAAUGAUGAUUCUUGGAACGAAUCAAAACUUUUAUUGAAUAAAAUAAAUGAAUUAGAUACGGAAAAUAUAGAGAUAAUAAAUAACAGUAUUAACAAUAUGAAAAAUAUAAAAAAUGUAUCACAAAAUUGUGACAUACAAAUAAGUUCAUUACAAGUUAAUAAUAAAAAUGAUAUAGAAUCUAAAUCUUGUGAUCGUCUUUCUGAACAAGAUACCAAUAAAAUAUCAUGCAAAUACAAUUUACGAAAACUUUCUGAUAAAGGACCUUUUAUAAUAAAUAAAACUACAUCAAAUCUUGAUAACAAAAUAUCAUUAGAUUCUAAUAAAUCAGAUUUGGACGUCAUAACAUCUUCCCCAAAAGAAAUGAUAGCUGCUCAAAAAAGAUUGAAAUUAAAGAAAACAACAAAAACACCUAUGAAAGUUUAUAAAGAUAAAUUAUCGAAGUUAGAACCUUCUGUUGUUAUAAACAAAAAUAAAAUAGAAAUUAGCAAUAGUAACAUAAAUAAGGAUAAACCAAAAUUAAGGCAAUUAUUAGAAAAAAACAUUCUUCUCAAUGCAAAUUACAGUACAGACAGUAUUAUAUCCAAUUCAGAUGAAGAUACACCAAUUAAAAAAGCAAAAAUAAUCAAAGGACCUAAAACAACUUUGCCUAUUAUUAAAACAAGCUCAUUUCAUAAUAAGCAAAUUCAAUCAGACGUGCAAAUAAAUUUAUAUGUUAACAAAGUAGAACAUAUCAAUGAAAAUAUUGAUUGGAAUACAUUAAAUAUUGUCAAAGUUGGAAGCGAUAAAGCAACAUUUAAUUUAUUUAAACGUGAAGUUAUGAAGAAUACAAGUAUUGCAUUGGCUUUGCAUUGUGAAUCUUAUGUAAAUGAAUCUAACAAUAUAGGAAAUAAAAUUGUUAGUUCCACUACUGAAGGAAAAAAUAAAUCUAGAAAAAGUGAACAAUUAAUUAAUGGGGAUAAAAAAAUUUGUGGUGCUGCUAUUUCUUGGGAAAAGAAUAUUGCAUAUUAUAUUUCAUUCUGUGAAAUGAAAGAUUUGAAGGUAUCCAUUAAAGAGCAAAUAAAUUUCUUUAAGGAAUUACUUUCUAAUAAGUCAUUGUAUAUAAGAUGUUUUUCAACCAAGAAAUUGUAUAAAACAUUAUAUCAAUGUUUCCAAGUAGCAGCUACUUGUAGAUUUCUAGAUCCUUAUACUGCUGACUGGUUAUUACACGGCAGUAUCUCUGAGAAAAAAUGGAAUGAAAUGGUGUUGGAAUAUUUUCCUUCAGGAUCUUUUAUAAUAAAAUACUUUGAUACUGACACAAAUGUAAGAAAUAAAUUACCAUUCGAAUUUAAAGCAUCUGCUAAAGUUGUUCUCACAUGGCAUGUUAUGGAUACAUUACUAAGCAAAUUAGAAGAACUUUGUCCCGUAUUAAUUUAUACAUUUAAAGAAAUUGAAAUGAGAACUAUUACACUGUUAGCUCGUAUGGAGUUAACAGGAUUCGGUAUACAUUUAAAAUCUUUACAAGAAUUGUCUCGUGUGAUAGAAGACGAAAUGUUUUCCUUAAAAGAACGAGCGUAUUCUUUGGCAGGACGAAAAUUUAAUUUUUCUUCGGCCAAAGAAGUCAGUCAGGUUUUGGGACUAUAUAAAGGAAAGAAAAAAAUUAGUACUAAUAAAGCAGUUUUAGAACAAUAUAAUAAUCCAAUCUCUAGUCUUGUUAUUUCUUGGCGUAAACUUAAUGCUACCCAAACCAAGAUCGUUCAUCCAAUAUUAUGCCUGGCUCAAAAUAAUUCAAGAAUUCAUGGAAAUUCUGAAACUUCCACAUUAACUGGAAGAAUUACAAUGCAUGAACCAAACUUGCAAAAUGUACCAAAAGAUUUUAAUUCUGAAAAUAAUAGUUUUGUAAUAAGUGUUCGUAUGGCAUUUAUACCAUUUGAAGGGAAUGUUCUAUUAUCCGCAGAUUAUUGUCAGCUUGAAUUAAGAAUAUUAGCUCAUUUUUCUAAAGAUCCAAUACUUUGUAAUAUUUUAUGUAAGGAAGGUGAUAUUUUUAAAAAUAUUGCAGCUGCAUGGAAUAAUAUAUCAGAAGAUAUGAUUGAUGAUAAUAUGCGACAAAGUACUAAACAAUUAUGUUAUGGUAUGAUAUAUGGUAUGGGUGUCAAGACAUUAGCAGAAAAUUUAAAAAUAACUGAAACAGAAGCUAAAACAUUUUUAGAGUCUUUCAUAAAUGCAUAUCCAGGCGUACAUAAAUGGCUUAAAGAUAUUAAUAUAGAAGCACAUAAAAAUGGUUAUAUUACAACUCUUAUGGAAAGACGUAGAAUGCUUCCUGGUUUACAAAGUACUAAUUUGUAUGAAAAAGCACAAGCAGAAAGACAAGCAGUGAACACAAAAGUACAAGGUUCUGCAGCAGAUAUAGCAAAACAAGCUAUGGUUAAUAUAGAAGAUAGAAUAAGAAACGAAUUUCCAAAUUCAGCAAUUAUCAUACCAGAGACAAAACUUAAACAGAAAUUAAGGAAACAGCGAAAAGAUGACAGGCUAAGAGGUGCUUAUUUAGUGUUACAACUUCAUGAUGAGUUGUUAUAUGAAGUAAACAUAGUGGAUCUGCAACAAGUUGCAUUAAUAGUUAAAGAAUCAAUGGAACAAGUAUGUCAACUUGCAGUGCCAUUACCGGUGAAAAUAAAAGUUGGCCCUGCAUGGGGUGACCUGAAGGAAUAUCAUAUUUAAAUUAUUAAUAAUUAUCCAAUGUGAUAAUUAUAACUGCCAUAAUUAUUAAGAAAAAUAAUGA